AAAUGCAAUACCGAUGGAUGCCGUCGACGUAAUGUUCCUUUUCCGACUCGUGCAGAGUGGACUCAUUUUCAUGGCGAUGGCCGCCGGCAUUGUUUGCCUCUGGCAUAUCUUCUACUUUCGGCGGAAAAGCUGUGCUAACUCCGGCACCAGCUUUGGUAUUGUUUUUGCCGGUUUCGUGCACCUGAUUAUAUGUGUGCGCAUGUUAUCAAUAGCCGAAGAGCCAGUGGUUUUACCUAACCAAGCACCGGCUCAUUUGUGUUUGGACUACACUAUUCAGGCGUUGUAUGCGAAUUCGAUUGUCUAUAUUUUUAUUUUGCAUAAUUUAAUUUUUAACCAUGCACAAACGACAGUUGGAGCUUUGUUUAUCUGGAUAUUGUCAAUUGGCUCCAUAUAUACUGGUCUCGUAUUGAUAUGGGAUACGUCAGGUGCACAGGAUGUGGCACAUUUGAAUCAAAGGAACUUCCUGUCCUUCACGGAUUCUCCAAAAGGUCGCCUUGAGGCAUUCGUGUCAGUCUGCGAGAAACACCUUUCCAGCGAAAUUACAAAUGUGAUGAUCGAGUACUUGAUAUUAUACCUUCCGGUUAUAAUCAUAGUGACGUGGGCGCUAGCAAGGAACUUCAUGCAAACAAGAGAAGUGUCCAUGCUGAAGCUGGAUAUCCUUUCAAACAAAGAAUGCGUCACGAAUUCAAAAACCUGCGACUGUGUGAAACUUAACACUGUUCUGGUUGCCGUUUUGGUCAACUCUGCUAUACUGCUGUUUCUAGCGAAGCCGGGAUACAUGCUGUAUGCGUGCUUAACCUCGGGGUACUUCCGGGAUAUAAUUCCGAGUAUAUUGCAAACGGUUCUGUUUACGCAUAUUUGCUCACAGUAUAUUUGCAAGGUGAUUGUGCAGCGAAGACGGGAAAUUCAAACACAACAGGUAUGUAAAUGUGAGACUGAAAACAGCGCGACAGUUUAAGACAAUAUUUAACAAAACAUGUACGAAUAUUGUCGAACGUAUGCAAAUCAUAAAAUCCUUUAGAUUAACCGGUGUUAAUUGAUCAAUAAACAAAUGUUUGGAAUGUAUGGUUUAUAAGUGAAACCACGAGAACGUUUGCACGAGAAGACUUUGAAAACCCAAUCAGAGCGGAAAAUAGUUAUUUUUUGAAGGAUACAGAUCAAUUCUACGGAAAUACUCUAAAUAAGGGAACUGAGCGGUUCUUAUAUUAUCACAAUUGACUGAUAAAGUCCUUGGAAGACUUAUCUGUGCACAGUGAAAAUUAUUUUUAGUUACGUGAGUUGAAUAUCUUCUUAUACUAAUAGCAUGACAAAUAAUGGUUUAUUUUGUCAUAUUUAUGUUAACUUUAUGAGGUGUAAUGUAUUAAUAAAAAUAUUUCAUACAUGUUUCUUAGUGCACAGUCUAAAACUGUGUAAUGACAUAUUAAUCAGAGAUCAAAACGUGCAAUAUUUAGUACAAACAAGGCCUUACCUGUCCCCAGAGAGUACGAGUAUACAGGGGAAGUAACUGAAUAUCGAGGACCUACCUAAUCCUACAAUCGUGAUACAUUGGCUAUCUCCUCCGUAAGAUAGAAUAAAUCAUCUGCUGAUCCAGCGUGCUAAUCAAUCUUAAUGAGACCUAGUAUUAAAAGAAAGUUACCGCUGUCCAAUGACAAUGCGCACAUAUUUUUAUUAAGCUGCUAUCUUCAUUCAUCAAAUUCGGAUCUUAUGUGUGCGCUUUUACGAGUAGUUUUCUGAUUGUGUUCUUUGAUGCCUUUGUAAGCUUUUUCAAUCAGUACAUUUUUGUACCGCAUAUCACAUUCAUAGAUUUGCUCAACGUAAAUAAAAGUCUAAACUUGUUAAUAAUGCAUGUAGGUUCAACGGGUAUUAUUCUAGAACAGUUAAAACAUUUGACGUGUUGAUUAAAUGUAAGGAUCAAAUUAUCAUUUUCUCUCUUUUUCGCACGUUAUUGGCUGCUUAUAGAUAAAUAAUAAGGCAUUACAACUAAAUGCGCAUGUACAUGACCUAAUGUUUAAUAUAAUAAAAGAAAAAAACAAUUCUAAUUGUUUCGUUAGAUA